AUGGCUCCGCCGCCGGACAUCGAACUGAACCCUUUUGGAAACUACAAGAUCAAGGAAGAGUCCCUGACCCACGGGAGCUCCUACAGCAUGCGGGAACCAAACUACGAGGAGACCAAGGAGCCGCGGAUAGACCGCAUCAUCAACAGCUUCAGACGCGACCCAAACUCCAAGUUCUUCCCGAGCCGGGACCUCGAUGACAUUGGUCCGCUGGAGAGUGUGAGGCGACACAACAAUGGCUCGCCCUUUUACGACUUGCGACGGGCUGCGCUGGCGACGGCGAAUUCGAACGGGUUGUCGAGGAAGCUCAAGGGGCGACAUUUGCAGAUGAUUGCUAUAGGGGGUUCAAUAGGUACUGGCCUGUUCGUGGCAUCUGGUAAGGCGCUUGCCGCGGGAGGCCCUGCGUCUCUACUCCUCGCCUUUUCCAUCGUCGGCAUUAUGCUAUAUUGCACAUGUCAGGCAUUGGGAGAACUCGCAGUCAUCUACCCCCUUGCUGGCUCGUUCUCAUCGUGGGCGACACGUUUCCUCGAUCCUUCUUGGGGGUUUGCCAUGGGCUGGAACUACGCUAUGCAAUGGCUGACCAUUCUGCCUCUGGAAAUUAUUGCAGCGUCCCUUACUAUUGGUUAUUGGGAUGAGCAUCUCCAGAGAGCCAUUUUCGUCACCGUAUUCCUUGCCACCAUCGUCACUAUCAAUAUGUUUGGUGUCAAGGGUUAUGGUGAAGCCGAAUUUACAUUCUCUCUGGUCAAGAUUGUUGCUGUUAUUGGCUUUAUCCUCCUUGGUAUCGUUCUCAAUCUCGGCGGAACCCCCACACAAGGAUACAUUGGCGGCAAAUACUGGCAUGAUCCCGGCGCCUUCCACAACGGCUUCAAAGGCCUCUGCAGCGUCUUUGUCACAGCCGCCUUUGCCUUUACGGGCACUGAACUCAUCGGCUUAGCGGCGGCCGAAACCGCAAACCCGAGAAAAUCCCUCCCGUCUGCUAUCAAGCAGGUAUUCUGGCGUAUCAGCCUCUUCUACAUCGUCGCCCUGACUCUGGUUGGGCUGCUUGUGCCAUACGACAACCCAAUGUUGGUUGGCGAAAACAACGCAGAUGCGCGCGCGUCGCCCUUUGUCAUUGCCAUCAAGUCUGCCGGCAUCGAAGUUCUCCCCUCGGUCAUGAACGCCGUCAUCCUCAUCGCCGUCUUGUCUGUCGGAAACUCCGCCGUCUUCGGAUCCUCGCGAACGCUCGCCGCCCUCGCCAACCUCGGCCAGGCCCCCGAGAUCCUCGGCUACGUUGACCAAAGAGGACGCCCGCUCGUCGCCAUCCUCGUAGCCGCAGCAUUCGGCCUCCUCGCCUACCUAGCCGAUCUCAAACAGGAAAACUCCGUCCUGGACUGGCUCCUCGCCAUCUCCGGCCUCUCCUCCAUCCUCACCUGGGCCUCCAUCUGCGUCUGCCACAUCCGCUUCCGCCGCACCUGGGCUGCUCGCGGCCUCCACCCCAGCGACCUCCCCUUCCAAUCCCAAGUCGGUGUCGCGGGCUCCUACGUCGGCCUCGGCCUCAACAUCAGCGUCCUGGCCGCCCAGUUCUGGGUCGGCGCCUUUCCCAUCCCCACGCCGGGCCACGAAACCAUCACGCCCUCGUUCCAGGCGGAAAACUUCUUCCUCAAGUGGAUGGGCGCGCCAAUUGCCUUGAUUUUCUUCCUGGGUCACAAGCUUUACUACCGCACGAGCUACGUGCGCAUCAAAGACAUGGACAUUGAUACCGGAAGGAGAGACUUCAACGUUCCUAUUCUUGUGCAGCAAGAACGGGAAGAAUGGGAGACUUGGCCAAAAUGGAAGAGAUUCUACAAGUGGAUGUGUUGA